UCUUCCGAUCUCUCCGCCCCUCUCUCUCUAUCUCUCUCUCGGAGUGCCGCAAGAGAGCAGUCUCGUAAUAAUAAUAGGCGUAGUGGUAGUGUGUGUGUGUAUAUAUAUUUGCAUCUUUGCAAAGACGCCCCGCGAGAAUAUUAUAUUCGCAAGGGGAGUAAUUUUAUAUUGCGGGAAGUUAUUGUUAGUAUAUGGUCCUUGGUGGCGGCCGGGAUGCCGACGCCGGUCAGCAGUGCGCGCGCGUGCCUAGCGGCCGAGGCGGCGGCCGCGCUCGACAACGGCGUGACCGUCGCCCGCCGCCGCUCCCACGCCCAGACCACCUCCCUCCACGUCGUCUACUCGCUCCUUUCUUCCACUUCUUCCUCUUCGCCCCCCUCCUCGUAUUCCUCGUCGGCGUCGUGUUCGAUACUUCGUGAUGCGCUGUCGCGCGCCCGGAGCGCUGCAUACUCGCCCAGGCUACAGUUCAAGGCGCUUGAGCUCUGCUUCGGGGUGGCGCUCGACCGGCUGCCUUCGGGGCAGCGGCAGAACGCGGAGGGGGGCGGGGAUGAGCCGCCCGUGUCGAACUCGCUGAUGGCGGCGAUCAAGCGGUCGCAGGCGAACCAGCGGCGGAAUCCGGACACGUUCCACCUGUACCAGCAACAGCAGCAGCAGGGCGCCGCCGCCGGAGGGGCCUCGUCGUUCUCCGGGGUGAAGGUGGAGCUCCAGCAGCUGAUGCUCGCGAUCUUGGAUGACCCCGUGGUCAGCCGGGUUUUCGGCGAUGCGGGAUUCCGUAGCGCGGACAUCAAGUUCGCCAUCCUCCGGCCCCCACCGCCCAUCCUCCGCUUCCCCCGUGCCGCGAGGCGCCCGCCGCUGUUCCUGUGCAAUUUCUCGGCGGGGGAUGGGUUCGAGCCGGCGCUCGCCCCACGGGGGCUCGUCCUCCCCUUCGCCGCUGCGGCCCGGCAGCUCUCCUCGGACGGGGGCGACGAGAAUUGCAGAAGGAUUGGGGAAAUCCUCGCCCGGAAGAGCGGUGGACGGAAUCCGAUGCUGGUCGGGGUCGGUGCCGGCGAAGCAGCUAGCGACUUCUCCCAGGCUAUUGAGCGGCAGAAUUGGGCAAUUUUGCCCCCUGAGCUGCGUGGAAUCGAGCUCGUAAGCAUCGAGAAGGUGGUGGCGGAGCUCAGAACUGAUCACGGUGAUCGAUUGGCGUUGGAAGCUGGGCUGGAGGAGGUAGGAAGGAAGGCAGAGUCUUCAGGAGUGGUGUUGAACAUUGGGGAUUUGAAGGGGAUGGUGGAAGGUGGUGCAGAACGUGAUGAGAGCGAAAGCUGCUUGGUAUCGGAGCUCACGCGACUGCUGGAGGUCUACCAUGGGAGGCUGUGGGUGAUGGGGUGGUCGGCAACAUACGAAACAUACAUGAAGUUCUUGUCCAGGCAUCCAUUGCUGGAUAAGGAUUGGGAUCUGCAGUUGCUGCCUAUCAGUUCAGUAAGAACUGGGAUGGGGAAUUCACUCCCAAAGCCUCGCAGCUUCAUGGAGUCAUUUGCUCCAAUCGGUGGAGGUGUCCCUAUAGAACAUGAAUCUUAUGGUGUAUAUCCAUCAGUGUCCCGCUGUGAGGACUGCAAUGACAAGUACGAGCAAGAGGUUUCUAUUGUUCUAAAAGGAAAAUCAGCUUCAGUUGAUGAUCAGCAGAAUGCAAGCUUGCCCUUCUGGUUGCAAAAGGGUAGUAAGGUUAGCUUGAAUGAUGGAUUCGAUGCAGCAAAGGCUAAAGAUGAUACUACAUUUUUCAAUGCUAAAAUUAUGGAAUUGCAAAAGAAGUGGAAUGAGAAUUGCCAGCGCCUCCACCAUAGUUGCCAGACAAAUAAUAUAGACAAUUGCUCUACAGUCCCUCGCGUUAUUGAUCCAUCUUGUGUUUCUAACAUGGGAAGGGCCUUCAAUCAGAAUAGUGAAAAUCUUGAUGAUGCUCAGAGUCAAAGAGGUUUUGGAAUUUCAUUUCCUAUUUCAGCAGGUACACAGACGAUUACCACAGCGAGCCAGAGUAUCUCAUUGCCUUCAGUUUUAGAACAAAGAAAUAAAGACUUAUUAUCAAAACUUCAGGUCAGAGCCUCCAAAAGUGAACAGCCUAAGCGAGAGGAGUUGCAACCUCACCAUGGUGAUGAUCACGCUUCACCUUCCUCUGUAACAUCUGUUAUGACAAACUUGGUUUUGGGAACUCUUUGUGAACCUGUUUGGAAGGAGGAAAACCCUGCUUCACAAGUGCAAAAAAAUCCUUUGGUGGAAUUGUCUGGUUGUUUGCCAUCAACGAAGGUUGAUGUCAUCAAACAAAAUGUCCCAGAUGUUCCUGUUAUGUCUCUUUCUUUCUCAGGCCGUCGAGAUUCCCAGGCAACACAGACCUAUCCACAUGAUCUGUCCCACUCAUUUUCACAGGUUUCGAAGGGUUGUGCAUCUGCAUGUGACAGAGCCUCCCUCAUCUCAUCCGGUGCAUGGCAAAAGUUAGAUUUAGGCAGUUACAAAUCAUUUUGUGCAAGUCUCAUUGAGAAAGUUGGCCGACAAGAAGAAGCAGCUAUUGCCAUUAGUCAAGCUAUAGUCCAUUGCAGAACUGGUGAAAGGCGUCGUGGUGCUAGCCUGAGAGGCGACAUUUGGCUCAGUUUUCAUGGUCCAGAUAAGAUUGGGAAGAAGAGGGCAGCAGUGGCUAUUGCAGAAAUGUUAUGUGGCAGCAAAGAAAACUUCGUGCAUGUUGACCUAAGUUACCAAGAAGGUGUUGCUCGUCCUGGUACCACCAUCUGUGCCCAACAGGAGGUCAAUGGAAAUUAUGCACAGUUUAGAGACAAAAUGAAUGUUGACCAUAUUGCUGCUGAGCUAAGAAAAAAACCACAGUCUGUUGUAUUCCUUGAAAAUGUAGAUAAAGCUGACUUUCUUGUUCAGGACAGCUUAUCUCAGGCUAUCAAUACUGGCAAAUUUCCUGAUUCCCAUGGAAGGGAAUUCAGCAUAAACAAUGCCAUAUUUAUUCUGACUUCAGCAACAAUUCGAGGUCAAACUUUUUCUCAGAGGACAGAUUGCAAUAGUUUCUCCGAGGAGACUAUUCUGGCAGCUCAGUGUUGGCAGAUGAAGAUUUCCUGGGAACCUUCUCGAGAGGCUGUUAGCAGCAGUCCGAAAUCUAAUAAGGUGUCAAGUGCUUCAAGUCAAAAACCCAGGAACGCUCAAGUUUAUUUACGCUCAGGCCCAGCAACCAAGCGCAAACUCGAUAUGUCUGAUGGCUGCAACAGCCAGUAUGAGGUGGUGCCGGCAAAAAGGGCUCGCAAAACAUCAAAAGAAUUCUUAGACUUGAAUCUGCCCAUCGAAGAGGUUGGGGAGGAUGAUAACGAUUCUAGUAGUCAGGAAGAUUGCUCUAAAUCAGAAAAUUCAGGGACAUGGAUGGAAGACUCCUUCAACCUAGUCGAUGCAACAGUGAAAUUUGGUCCUUUCGAUUUUGACGCCCUUGCUGACAGCAUACUGAAUGAUAUAAGCAAGAUCUUUUGUACUGCUGCUGGUUCAGACUGUAUUUUGGAGAUCGACACAAAGGUCAUGGAGGAGAUACUUGCCGUAGCAUGGUCAUCAGAAGAUAGAGGAGCUUUAAAUAGCUGGUUUGAGCAGGUUCUUGGAAGGAGUUUUGUUGAGUUGAAACACAAGCACAACCUAUCAAGCCACAAAAUUCUUAGACUCGUCGCUUGUGAGGAUGCAAUUGUUGCGGAGCAUGCACCUGGAGUUCUUCUUCCUUCACGAAUUAUCCUAAACUGACAAUGUAGAUUGCUGUACCUGUCUGUGUAAUGUAGCAUCUGCCAUUCCUUGUGAAAUAACUGUAAUUUUGUUAAUCCUAUUGUUUUCUGAGGUAUGAUCAGGUUAAGUUUUAUUAUGUAAAUGGAAUCAGUAUGCAUCUCAGGAAAUUUCUUUUGAAUACCCUGAUGAAGUUGGUCAUUUAUGUUGUAGGUUGUUUUGAGAAAGGGAGCAAGUUACUUCUGUCUUUGAUG